AUGGAAAAUCGUACAAAGGUGACGGUGUUUAUCUUAGUAGGACUGACAGAGGAUCCCGGAUUGAAGAUCGUGCUAUUUAUCUUCCUGCUUCUCACCUACUUGCUAAGUAUCUCAGGCAACUUGAUAAUCAUCACCCUCACUUUGCUGGAUUCUCAUCUCAAGACCCCCAUGUACUUCUUUCUUCGAAAUUUUUCCUUCUUAGAAAUCUCGUAUACAACAGUCUGCAUCCCAAAAUUGCUCGCCACCAUGGCCACUGGUGACAAAACCAUUUCUUAUAACUGUUGUGUAACUCAGUUAUUUUUUGCCUUCCUUCUUGGCGCAUCUGAAUUUUAUCUCCUGGCCGCCAUGUCCUAUGACCGCUACGUGGCCAUCUGCAAGCCCCUGCACUACACCACCAUCAUGAACAGCCGGGUCUGUAUUCAGAUGGUGCUUAGCUGUUGGCUUACUGGUUUCCUCAUCAUCUUUCCAGGACUCAUCUUAGGCUUACAGCUGGAUUUCUGUGACUCCAACAUCAUCGAUCAUUUCUACUGUGACACUGCUCCUCUCCUACAAAUCUCCUGCACAGAUACACAGUUUUUGGAAACCAUGAGCUUCAUCUUAGCUUUGGUGACCCUCCUGAUGACUCUGAUUUUAGUCCUUCUAUCUUAUACCUACAUUGCCCUGACAAUUUUAAAAUUUCCUUCUGCCAACCAGAGAAAAAAGGCUUUUUCGACUUGUUCUUCUCAUAUGAUUGUCAUCUCCCUCUCAUAUGGCAGCUGCAUUUUUAUGUACAUUAAACCCUCAGCAAAACAGAGGAUAUCCUUAAUGAAGGGAGUUUCAGUGCUCAAUACCUCAGUGGCCCCACUUUUGAACCCUUUCAUUUAUACGUUAAGGAACCAGCAGGUGAAACAAGCGUUUAAGGAUUUGCUACAAAGAGUUUUGUCAUUAUCAAAAUGA